UAUGUGGGAUACAGACAGCACUUGCCCAGAGGGAUCCUGGGCCCAGGCUAAGCCACUGGAGAUGAUGAGGCAUGGAGUUGCAGUUAAGCCUGAAGGAAAUACGAGCAGCAGCUCUGGACUUGGGGCAUGGAGGAUCUGGACCUGCAUUCUGUGUGCUCAGACUGUGCUUUGGAGGAAGAGAGUCAGAUUUACAGAUCUGUCAACAUAGAACACCAACGUGUUGCACCAAAAAAAUGGAAGAAAGCUACCAGGCAGCUGUUCGAAGGGAGAGGACUCAAAGUAUCCAGGCACUGAACUUUGAACUGAAGUACAUGAUUGUUGGUCAUAUCACAGCUUUUCAAGAGGCCUUUGAGUCUUUGCUUCGCUUUGCUGAAAACCGCACAAGUUCCCUGUUUGAGACAGCUUACAGACCUAUGGCAAAAGAAGCAGCAGAGCCUGUUAAAGAACUUUUUACAGACAUCUCUCUCUACGUUCUGGGUGCAGAGACUACAGUGGAAAGUGCAGUAUUACGGUUCUUUGACAGUCUCUUUCCUCUGGUGUAUAGUCGGCUAAUAAACCCAGGAAUUACAGAUUUAUCAGAGGACUAUACAGAGUGUCUACGGCUUACGAGGCAAGACAUAAAUCCUUUUGGACGCUAUUCUAAAAACAUGGUUACAGAGCUGUCAAAAUCUCUUUGGGCAAGUAGGAUGCUCAGCCAGGCCCUCAGUCUGGGCAUUGAAGUGAUAAAUACUACUGAACAUGCAGCUCUCACGAAGGAAUGUAGCAAAGCUCUAGUGAAGAUGCAGUACUGCCCGCAUUGCCAGGGCCUGACGCUAAUCAGACCCUGUGUUGGAUAUUGUCUAAACGUAAUGAGAGGCUGUUUGGCCAGUGUGUCAGAACUGGAUGCACAAUGGAGGGAGUAUAUCUCCACGCUGGAAUAUCUGACUAAUGAAAUGGCUGCCUCACACGAUCUGGAAAUUGCACUGACGGGAAUCCGGAACUCCAUCAAUGAAGCCAUCCUGCAUGCACAGUUGAAUGGACCACAGCUCUCUGCUACAGUUGAUAAAGUGUGUGGACAGCCCAAACAACAAGAGGGGAACCUGUCAUCAGACAAUAUAGUGCCAGUGAAGGAAGCGACUGAAACCCAGACAUUCGCGAUGGCUCAUGCUAGUCUGAACAAUAAAAGAAGUUCUCUGCCUCUGAAAGCUUCAAAGAAUGACAAAUCAAGAAGUUUGAAAAAAAUCUCUCGAGAGUUCAUCAAAAACAUGAAGCGAUCCCGAACCUUUUAUGCCUCUAUAGCAGAAAGGCUGUGUGAUGGAGACCUGGUGAUGAGAGACAGCUCAACCUGCUGGAAUGGAGAGGAUGUUGUAGAAAGUUACACCAGCAGAGUUGUUUCCAAUGGACUGAAGGCACAAAUUAAUAAUCCAGAACUGAAAGUCAGAGGAUUGGACCCAGUCGUCAGUAAUUUAAUUGAUAAACUUCAGCACUUUAAUCAACUGGAUGCUGAGAAGGCAAAAUUAAAACUGGAAAGAUGGGCUUCCCGAGAUGCUGGCAGCGGGGGCGGAAGUGAAGAGAUGGAGUCAAGCGGGGAUUGUGAUGAUGAGGAUGGAUGUCAAGGAUCCGGUGACAGGAUUCACACAGCAGAUACACUCAAGGACAAGAAAACCCAUCCAGAAAACAGAAACGAACCAAAACCAACUGUGAAAAAGAUUGACACCACAACCACCACAAGCACUGUCAAGUCAUCCUCUAAACACAGUGUAACUGGAAAUGGGAACAGUCCAGCCCCAAGUUCCUCGCUUGUUAUUUUAACAGCACUAGCAGUUCUGUGGCAUUGUCCACUGUAGCUGUAUUGCCUUGCAGCCACCGCGCAAGCGUUUCUGUUCACUGUCAUUUAUACCUACAGCCUUACCCAACAGAAAACAAAUUUAAAUGUCUCUCUAGUUUAUGCGAUAUGUUAGAAUAAAUAUUAAACGAUAUGCUGGAGUUGGCAGAUACCAAGUGUCAUCACUAACAAUGUCUGAAGAUAGCCUUUGACAAAGCCUGCCCAAGAUACAGAGGGAAUGAUGACAAGAGUCUAAAUAGCUUAAGUUAUGGGGUUGAAAUAAUUGAAAAUACAGAAAUUGUGUAUGUGUGUGUUACUGUUUUUCUCAGUUUCAUUUGCUGGAAUCUGACUGGCUGAUUUUGUUUGUUUAUUUUUUCUGAUAAAUUAUAUAAAUGGUCAGUCUUCAAAUUCAAGCCAAUACAUACUUUAUUUUUCUAGCGAACAGCUAACAAGCUAUGUCUACAGUUGUAAACCAUGUUAAAGUGAAGUACUCUCUACCAGCUUGAUGAAAUUCCUAAGUGGUCAAGAAGAUCAAAGCAUGUUUGAAACUUCUUUUCACUCUUACUGUUUAGAUUGUAGGAAGCAACAUAAAAGCAUAUGGUGUGUCUAAUAUAUCAGUAUAAUUGCCUUAACUAUGGAAAAAAUUAUAACCACUUUGUUUACUGAGGGAUAUAGAUAGUGAGUUUCCCUGCCCCACAAAAUGCCAUUACCAGAUGGUAAAGCAUAUGCUCAAGGCUUAUUGGAUGAAUGUCCAGCAACGGGAAACAUAAAUAAACAUAAUAAUGUUUUAUCCAGUUGAAUGCAGCUCUGUACAGAGAAAAAAAAGGUAAUUCAGUUCAAACUUACUUUGCCUAUGUGACAUUAAAGAGAAACCAACUUAAAUUUUCCAUAAAGGUCCCAGAGAUACAAAUUAUUGGGAACUCCCAUUAGACACUAACUAGAUUUUGUGCAUUGUGGAUCUCUGAAAUCAACUCUGUUUCAUAAACUGUGUGUUAUUUAAUUACAUUUAAUGUUUAAAAUUUUGUAUCAUGGUAGGUGUAAAUGUAAAACAAUCUGAAAUCUAGAACAUUCUCUGUUAUGCCUCAUCUUGAUUGCUACCCUAGAAAAUGUCAAAAUGUGUGUUAUAUUACAAGGCUAUUUUUUUUCUUAAUCAAUGAUACAUUGAUGCAUUUUAACUUUUUGGAUGAAAAAAUACUAUAAUAACUUCUAACGGGUUAAGAGUUAAUGUGUGUUUUCCAACAACUGUUUACAGUGCCAUUGAAUAUAUAUAUAUACAAACACAACUGUAUGAAUACAGUGAUUAAUUUGAUAAAUAUAGGAAACAUUACAAUUGUUAUAUUUACUACAUUUCAUAACUAUUACAACAGUUUAAUGGCUGUUUUCAUGUUGUAGACUAUUAUUAUGUACGGUUUUAUAAGAUUUAAUGCAAAACAUUUGCCUUUGGUUUUUUGUAAAACAUCUCUGUGAUAUUUAGAGUUACACAGCCACUGACAUAACUCAAAAGAAGAACCCUGUAUCUUACUAAUCACCUUCAGGCAUUUUAUUGGCAACUUUUGUUAUAAAAGACAGCCUGACUCAAAAGACAGCCACUGACUAUACAGAAAGUGGCAAUAAUACAGAACAAGCAUACAGUAAGUGAACAAAGACUCACUACACUUGUAUGUUUUCAGAUAGUAUUAGUGAACAUGUCUAAUUAUGUUUGCAAAGGUGGGGCUUGAGUUUUGUCUUUAAUUUGGGCUCCUAGAUCAUAUUUACAGACAUAAAGGUAUAAUCAGAACCAUCGACACACCCAGCUGCAAAGGCAGUGUCUCUAAAGUGGCAGCAGCUAAGUUUUUGAAAAGAUAAUUCAAUUUUAAUGUUGAAACAAGGAGAUAAAAUGGAAAAGAUACUAACAUGAAAUAUUUUAUAUUUGAAUUCUGAUUUUUCAAAAUGGUAAGGAUAUUAAUAUCCCUAAGUAGUGGUUUCCAAUCAUAUCAGUGAAAAUCAGUUUUCUCAAAAGUACUAAAAUGGCUGUCCUGUGUUUUCCAGGGUUUGUGAGCUGCACCAGUCUAUUGAACCAUAAUUAAAAAUGCUGCUUCUUGUAUUCAUUUUCAGUGCCCUUUGGAAAAGUGCACUUUUACCUGA